CUAACUUGGCAGUUAACAAUUUAUAAUUCUAUUUUCGCCAUAUUAUUUUAAAAUCUAUAAACAUGUCAAUUGGUGUUCCAAUUAAAGUCAUGCAUGAAGCCGAAGGCCAUAUAGUUACCAUUGAAACAAAUAUUGGCGAAACUUAUAGGGGUAAAUUAUUGGAAGCAGAAGAUAAUAUGAAUUGCCAAAUGCAAGAGGUUAUGGCUACGUAUAGAGAUGGAAGUACAGGCCACUUACCAGAAAUAUAUAUUAGAGGAAGCAAAAUUAGAUUUAUGAUAUUACCUGACAUGUUAAAAAAUGCACCCAUGUUUAAAAAAUAUCAGACAAAACAAGGUGGCGGAGGUGGAAGAGGCAGAGGAGGGCCUCCAAGAGGUCGUGGGGGGAGAGGUGGUCCAGGCAGAGGAGGUAGAGGUGGACCUCCAAGAGGUGGUCCUGGAGGAGGAAGAGGUAUGUUUAGAGGGGCACCUACUCGUCAUUGAUAAUAUAUAAAUAUGUAUUUUAAAAAAUUGUAUAUAUUAUAAAUUUUUAUAGAUUAAACAUUUGUCAAUAUUCAUUAAAUGUGAUAUUAUUGUUAUAUGAUCAUAUUGAUCUCUUAUGUUUAUAAUAAACAAUAAUUAAUAUUUAUCACUGCAUUAUGUAUAAUACAUGUUUAAGUAAAAUA